UUAGGUUUGGUGCGUGAGCAGGAGGCUGGUUUACUCGAGUUUGUUGACCACGAUGGUUUCUCCGUGCUGAUGAGAGCCAUGCAGAGUGGCAUUGAGAAGUUGAAGGUUAAAGCUGCAUUUCUGCUGCAGAACCUGCUCAUCAGCAACCCUGAGCACAAAGAUGUUCUCUGCUCAAUGGGGAUGGUACAGCAAUUAGUGGCACUUAUACAGACAGAACAUGAUUCCUUUCAUGAGCAUGUUCUGGGUGCACUUUGCAGCCUUGUGACGGAUUUUCCUCGUGGCGUGAGGCAGUGUCAAGAGCUGGAGCUGGGUCUGGAGGAAAUUCUGAUUGAGAGAUCACGGAUGCUGAAAGAUCAGGAAGAAUUUCAGGAAGAGUUGGAGUUCUGUGAGCAUCUCCUCCGAACUUGCUUCAGCCAGCCAGAGGAGCAUGGGAUGGAUCGGUGAUGUGCUACAACUGUUUCCUAUUGAUGCUGCAAUGUCAGAGAAAAGUUCUUUGAUUUUUCAAAUGGCUUCCUACCAUUGAGAUCUGUAAAGACUCCGAAGCCUAGUGUGUUUCAAAUCAGCCUAUAUAUUACACCUAUUUAAAAAAGUGGACUGUUUAAAAAACAUCUUUUUGACCUUUUAAGUCGGUUCCAGGUAGAAAUGUACAAAACGCCUAAAAGGAGCUUUUCCCAGUUACUCUUUGUAAUGGAUCCCUGUUUGGCAUCGAUUUAUUUUCAUACCCCCUCAUUCUCCUUUAGUCAACUGUCGGAUAAAUAGUCAGCAAGUUGUGACCGGUACGACUUAUAAUUUCGGUCACUUGCUGUUUAAAAUCUUUUGGUGCAAUCGUUUCACUUCAGGUAUUAAGCUGCUGACAGACAGCUGGUAGAGACUCUGUCAUCGGUUAUUUUCUGUAGACUUCCUGGCCCACUAGUACCAAAUGCCCCUGUUGUGGUGCAGUGGUAGUGUCCCCACUCAUGGACCAGGAGGCCUGGGUUCAAGUCCCAGAGGUAUGUGAUAUCAACUCUGAAUAAGUUGAUUUAAUGAUAGGUACAUUGUUUGCAAUUUUCAUGUAUCAAUUAUCCCUCUCUUUCUAACCCCUGCCUGGCAGUUUUCCUGCAGCCAGCCCAAGGAAUGCAUAGUUUAUUUCUGAGUGCCUGUCUGUCUGUGCUCCUGGAGAAUCAAUCCUAUGAUUGCUGCUGGGACGUGUAAACCCGGAAAAGUGACUUCAAAUUGGUGAAGCUGCUGAGAACAUUACCCUUGUCUCUGAUCUUUGGACACCUUUCCCUACGCACUGGUCUAUAAUUUGAAGUGCUCACUGUAGCAAUUCAAAUGAAAAAUAAGUUGAAUUUUAAGUCGGGAGGGGUUUUUUUUUAAACCCUCUCAUCUAGUGCAAGCAUGUUAAAUUGUUGUCUUAGUCUGGAAAACUGGAAGCAUUAAGUAAGAACUGUGUGCAGAAUGACAGCAGAGUUGUGACUCAUUAGAGUGCUGAUGGCCACAAGGCUUGCUGACCUGCUCUGCCUUGGCUAUGGGUUGACCCUGAACCUGCAGCUCAAAGGAUUAGCUGCAGCUCUGCUGGGAGGGCCCCUUGUGUUUCUCUGGCUAACAGGUAGCCUCAGUGCCAAUCCUGGAAGAUGCACAGUGCCCAAUGUGUUACUGAUCACUCCACACAUCAACAUUGCUUCUGAAUUUGGAAUGAUUUAAAAACUGAAGCAAAGAUACGACUGUAAUAACCUGGCAUAAUUUUAAGUCUUUAUUUUGUUUCUCUGCAAAACAUUGAGAUUCGGUUUCUGUGGAAAAGAAAUAUAGUUUUUGAAUACA